AUGGAUCAAAUCAAAUACAUCUUUGAAAAGCCUGCUUUAACUAGAAGAAUUACUCGUUGGCAGAUGUUAUUGUCAGAAUACGAUAUUGAGUACCAUACCCAGAAGGCAAUAAAAGGAAGUAUCUUGGCUGACCAUUUAGCUCACCAGCCAAUUUAUAACUAUCAAUCCAUUCAAUUUGACUUCCUCGAUGAGGAUGUAAUGUACUUGAAAGCUAAAGAUUAUGAUGAACCGUUGCCAAGUGAAGGGCCAGAUCCAGAAUCCUGUGGGGGUUUGAUAUUUGAUGGAGCUGUUAAUGCUUAUGGAAAUGGAAUUGGGGCAGUCAUUAUCACUCCUCAAGGUUCUCAUAUUCCAUUUACCACAAGAUUGACAUUCACUUGUACGAACAACGUGGCAGAAUAUGAAGCGUGCAUUAUGGGUCUAGAAGAGGCUAUCGAUCUAAGAAUCAAAAUUCUGGACGAAGAGAUGCAAAGGCUUAAAGGAGAAUGA